GUGUGACAACCUUUUUAUAGAGUUCCAGCAAAAUAGUUACAUAGUACAAGUCUGUAUUUAGGAUAGAUCCAAACAUCAUCCUAAGAAAACAUUACUAAAUAAGCAAAGUGGAGCCAGGAUUUUUAGUCUAUGUUUCUGAACCGUAAUCCUUUUUUGGGAGUUAAAUAUUUUCAGACACUAGAUAAGAUAAAGCUACUGCGUUUUGCCUAAUACGUUGAAUCCCUUCCUCGAGAAGGAGUGAACCCAACCACUUCAUGCUGAAGUUCAUACUGAUCAACGAACCACCCUUCUCUUUGAUUUGUCCUUCCUGACCUCUCUUAAGCCUUUCAACGAUAGUUUAGGCUGUAGAUGCAGUGCUACUCGUCCCUGUCACCAUUUAGCACCGGCAUAGCAACUGCAGAAUAUAGUGUGACUCGUUAGCCGCUCUGCGACACUGAUUAACAAGAAUUCACUUCUUGAUAAUUUAUGUGAUGAGCUAAAGAAAUGGACCUUAGACCUAACUCAACCUAAAAGCUAGCCGAAGAGGUGAGGAUUGCUGGAGAUCAUAUAAAGAGGCCAAAUGCUCCUUAACCAUGAUAAAGACUAAUAAAUUACCUGAUCCGUUUCAAGCAACGUGUGGCUUCCAAGGAGACGUGAUCUCUUUCGUAUUGUAACAUAUUUUUGAGUUGAUAGAAUUUUUAGUAAUAUUAUUCAGUUGGGCAUUACUAAAUUUUUGAGUUCAUGAGCUCAAAUUGGUUAACACGAUCGCACACUCGUUUAAUUUGGUAAGGUUAUUUAUUAAAUGAACAGAAAUAUGAUCCCACUACGUGUAUAAAGCACUACAUUUUUUUCCAAGUGCACCCUUUUUUACAGAGACAAAGGACCAUUUAUGUUCAACAUUAUAUUAGAUUACAGGGACCUAAGUGAAUCUACUAUGUAAAGUGAAGGGACUGUUUGGGCUGAUAAAUUAUGCAGAUAUCAUUUCAGCCACUCAAAUUUUAUCUUGUUUAGGUACUGUCUAACUUUUGUUCUUUACACAUUUGUUUAUUGUUAUUUGUUUAUAGUCAUUUCUUCUAUCCUUUUCUCAAAUAUCGCUUUCAGUGAUUUUGAAGCUGUACGAUCUGCCAUUGAAAGCUUUCAGGUCAUAAUCACAAAGGACAAAAAAGAGAAUACAGUAGAUAUGGCUCAUACAAGUGUGGCUUCUCUUACGAGAACAAUAGAAUCACUCUUGACAUCCAAUUCGCCGAUGCAAUCUCUAAUCUGUGAUCACAGAGAAGAACUUUGCGCUCUUUAUGAAAAAGUUAGUUCCCUGGAAGUAUUUGUCAAAAACUUUGAGAAAAACAAUGUUUCAGGAGAAAUGACGGAUUUGGAAGUACAGAUAAAAGAAGUUGCAAAUAUUGUUGAACACAAAAUUCUACUUAAGCUAACAGAAACUAUAAUGGAAAAAAAUUAAAGCAUCAUAGGAAUCACUGGCUCAAGAUUUUUCAAGGGAGUCUCAAAUAUAUGGACACGCCGAAAGUUCCAUAAAAGCCUUCAACAAUUCGCAAAGGGCAUUGAUCGUGUCCGGAAAGAGUCAACAAAGAUUCAAGAUAAAGGCAAACAAGCAUCAAAGGAAUCAACGAUUCAAGAUUUUUCAAGUUCUGCGAAUGACAAUCUGAAUGUUAAGAACAAUAUGGUUGGACGUGAUGAUCAAAUGAAACGAUUGUUAGAAGAUCUGACUAUAAGCUACUCUGAUGAACCCAAAGUAAUCCCGAUUGUCGGGAUGGGAGGCAUAGGUAAAACAACCUUAGCAAAAGAAGCUUACAAUAAUAAAUCAGUUCUACACUGUUUUGAUGUUCAUGCCUGGGCUACUGUAUCUCAACAGCACAACAGAAAGGAAAUUUUCCUGGGCCUUCUGCGGUCGACGAUCAAAGUGGAUGACACGGUUGAGACCAGCGGUGAAGCAGAGCUAGCAGACAUGCUGCAGAAAAGUUUAAAGAGAAAGAGGUACUUAAUUGUCUUGGAUGAUAUCUGGAGUUGUGAAGUGUGGGAUGGCGUGAGACGAUGCUUUCCAACAGAUGACAAUGCAGGGAGUCGAAUACUGUUGACUACCCGUAACGAUGAAGUGGCUUGUUAUACUGGUGUAGAGAAUCUUUCUUUGUGGAUGAGCUUCAUGGAUCAAGAUGAGAGUUGGAGUCUUUUCAAAAGUGCAGCAUUUGCAAGUGAAGCAUUACCAUCUGAGUUUGAGACUACUGGGAAGCAAAUUGCAGAGAAAUGUCACGGGUUACCACUAACCAUAGUCGUGGUUGCUGGACUUCUCAAAUCUAAAAGGGAAAUAGAAGACUGGGAAAAUGUUGCGAAAAAUGUCAAGUCAUGUCUCACAAAUGAUCCUGACGAACUAUGUUCACAUGUGCUUGGGUUGAGUUACAAUCACAUGACUAGCGAUCUAAAAGCCUGUCUUCUGCAUUUCGGGAUUUUUCCAGAAGACAGUCAGAUAACAGCGAAGAAAUUGAUGAGAUCAUGGAUGGCUGAGGGGUUCCUGAAUUUGGAAAAUGAUUUGGAAGGAGAGGCUGAGAAGUGUUUGCAAGAGCUUGUUGAUAGAUGUCUAGUUCUCGUCUGCAAGACAAGUCUAGAUGGAGCAAAAUUUAUAUCAUUUAAGGUUCAUGAUCUAAUAUAUGACCUGUGUGUGAGAGAAAUUCAAAGAGAGAAAUUUAUUGUAAUUUAAUGGCAUGGUUUGACAUUAGCUCAUUUGUUCGUUCAACCCAUCUUAACCCGCCCAACUUCGGCCCAACUUGCUCACAUUUAGCAAGCUUAAACUAAAGUAACAGAACUGCUCAAAAAUAUAUUUAAGGGGCCAUUUUGAACUACCCUCAAAUAUAAGGGAUAUAUAUUCUUGUUAA